CUUGAAUCGAAAACGAAGAAAGGCUAUAAAGCAGCGAAUGCCCGGCAGAGAAACCUGUGGCUGGAGCCUGCCUUCAAACCCUAAACCUAUUUUCAUCUCCGAAUUUGGGAUGGUUAUCUUCUGACAGAAAUUUAGGUGUUUGACGAGCUCGGUGAAAGUCUGAAGCUUUUUCUCAUUGCAAACCCGGCGUUUGGGAAUCGUGUUCUGGGUUUUUGAAAUCGUAUUCGGGUAAAAUGGCCGGAGAGAGUGGCGGUGUUGGUUCUGGGGAUGACUCGGGAACAUCGUCCCCGAAGAAUAAAAUUAAGUUCUUAUGCAGCCAUGGCGGGAAGAUUCUUCCUAGACCCGGCGACGGCGUGCUGAAGUAUGUGGGCGGCGAGACACGUGUCAUUGCAGUGCCUCGUGACAGCACUUUCUCAGACUUUAUGAAGAAAGUCACUGCUCUGACGGAUGGUGAAAUGGUCCUCAAGUACCAACUUGUCCCUGAAGAUCUAGAUGCCUUGGUCACAGUUAGGUCGGAUGCAGAUCUCCAGCACAUGUUUGAUGAGCAUGAUCGCCAUGGAAUAGGAGCUCCAAUGCUUCGAGCUUUCCUGUUUCCUUCCAAACCACUUGUACUGGAGAACCAGUCAUCUUUCACUGAACCGCACCCAUCAGAGCAGCGCUACAUCGAUGCCAUCAAUGGCAUCAUCCACAUUAACCCCAGGGGAAGACCUUGUUCUAUCAGAGUUGUCUCCUCAGCUUGUUCUUCCCCAAAAAAAUCAGAUUCCCCAGAUGGCCAUUCUGUAGAUGUAACCCCUGAAUCAUCAUUCUUUAUCAGCAACCCAAGGUCAUCGAUGCACAGAGUGCGAAGUUCUCCCAGCUUCAGCAGCCUUACCAACCUCCAAGGCAACCUCCAUAGUACUAAGUAUGAACGCAGUUGUUAUCACCAGCACCACCAGCACCACCCUCAUGGCCAUCCUUUUGUUAGACUGUCAUCAGAUCCACAAGCAGUGUUUUGGUUUGGAAGGCCCUCAUCAAUUUUGUCAUUGACGAGGCAAGAUAGUGGUAGGGGUAAUGGUUUUAACCAGUAUUACGCCCCUAACAGAAGCAACAGUAACAAAGGGAAUUCAGGCCUCCCCAAAAGUGGAGGAGGACAUCUUGAUGAAUCUUAUACACCUGGACAUCUUAGGUUUGAGAGAUCCAAUAGUGCUCCUCGCGCCCCAAGUCCUAUAUGGGAAUAGUGAAAUGUGAAGUUUCUGCAUGAAACUGGAUUGUAUUUUUUUAUUUUUUAUUUUUGUAUAGCACUUUAUGUAAAGAUUUUAUAUGGUGUCCGUAUUCAUUGAUUGAUAUAUAUAUAUAUAUAUAUAUAUUUUGGAAUGAGGUUUUCGAAGACAGAAGGUUGUACUUAAGC